AAUGCAUUUGCUCACUUGAUCAAUGGUCAUCAGCACCCGUCUGAAGAAACUUCCUUCCAAACUACUCUUCUCAAGAAAUCAUCCCUUUGCGUCAUUUUCUCAAACACUUUCCGCUCGUUCCAAUUUGCCCCACUACAAAGACAACCCGGACAAGGCCAAGGACAACUGGAACACCAACCAUUCUUUUGUCCUCUCAAACCCGAUUCUUUCACUCCUUGAAAAUAAAUGCAAGUCCAUUUCUCAACUCAAGCAAAUCCAAUCCCAAAUGAUCAUCACUGGCCUCAUCUCAGAUGGGCUGGCGUCGAGUCGUUUGAUUGCAUUCUGUGCUCUCUCAGAAAUGGCUGAUCUUUCUUACUGCAAAACGUUGUUAUGCAGUUUGCAAAACCCAAAUGCAUUUUCUUAUAAUGUUUCUAUUAGAGCUUUUUCUGACGGUGAGAACCCGAUUGAAGCUUUUAUUUUAUACAAGCAAAUGUUGUGUGCUUGGAGUAAUAGUGGUUUAAGGCCUGAUAAAUAUACUUUUCCUUUAUUGUUUAAGACAUGUACUAGAUUAUCAUUCUUUUAUUUGGGUUUUGAGAUUCUUGUUCAUGUUAUUAAAUUGGGUUAUGAGAGAAACAUUUAUGUGCAUAAUGCUUUAAUUCAUUUCUUGGCGUCUUUUGGGGAGUUGGACAUUGCACGUAUGGUGUUCAAUGAAAAUUGCGUGAGGGACUUGGUUUCUUGGAAUUCUUUGAUUAAUGGGUAUGUCAAGAGCGGGAAAGCACACAAAGCUUUGAGGAUUUUUAGGGAAAUGGAGACGGAGGGAGUCAAGCCAGACGAGGUUACUAUGAUUGGAUUGGUUUUGUCGUGCGGGCAGUUGGAGGACUUAGUGCUUGGGAGAGAAUUUCAUCAGCGCAUUGAGGAGUAUGGGCUGAAUUUGACCGUGCCUCUAGGUAAUGCUCUUAUGGACAUGUAUGUGAAGUGUGGGGAACUUGAUGAAGCAAAGGCUUUGUUUGAUAGGAUGGAGAAGAAGACCGUGGUUAGUUGGACGACCAUGGUUGUGGGCUAUGCAAAGUUGGGGCUUUUGGACAUUGCUAGAAAGCUUUUUGAUGAGAUGCCUGAAAAGGAUGUUGUUCCUUGGAAUGCUUUGAUUAGUGGUUACGUCCAAAUCAAACAUUGUAAGGAGGCAUUGGCUUUGUUUAGUGAAAUGCAAGCCAAGAAUGUUAUGCCUGAUCAGGUGACCAUGGUUAGUUGUUUAUCUGCUUGCACGCAGAUCGGGGCGCUUGAUGUUGGAAUUUGGCUUCAUCGGUAUAUUGAAAGGAAUAACAUCUGUAUAAAUGUUGCUUUGGGGACUGCUUUGAUAGAUAUGUAUGCAAAAUGUGGCAACAUCAGUAAGGCACUUCAGAUUUUUAAAGAGAUGCCAGCAAGAAACUCAUUAACUUGGACAGCUAUAAUAUGUGCUUUGGCUUAUCAUGGGGAUUCCAGUGAUGCUUUAUCCCACUUCUUUGAGAUGAUUCAAAUUGGACUGGUCCCAGAUGAAGUUACAUUUCUGGGUGUCUUGUCAGCUUGUUGUCAUGGAGGUUUGGUUGAAGAAGGUCGCAAGAUUUUUGCACAGAUGAGCUCCAAGUUCAACAUUCCUCCCAAACUUAAACACUACUCUUGCAUGGUCGACCUUUUGGGUAGGGCUGGUCUACUAGAAGAGGCUGAAGAGCUUAUUAAGAGCAUGCCAAUGGAAGCUGAUGCUGUGGUGUGGGGAGCAUUAUUUUUUGCAUGUCGAAUUAAUAAAAAUGUCGAAAUGGGGGAGAAAGCUGCUAUGAAGCUUCUAGAACUGGAUCCUCAUGAUAGUGGAAUCUAUGUCCUGCUUGCAAGCAUGUACAUCGAAGCAAAUAUGUGGCAGAAGUCCAGGGAGGUUAGGAAGAUGAUGAGAGAAAGAGGUGUUGACAAGACACCUGGCUGCAGUUCAAUAGAGGUCAAAGGUGAUGUUUGGGAGUUCAUGGUCAAAGAUAAGUCACAUCCUCAGUGUGAUGAGAUCUACCAAUGUCUUAUGGAAUUAAAGAGACAGAUGGAGCUUGUCGAAUAUUCAGCUGAUGUGCCUCUCCUGGAAUAUGACCUCCUCAUUAGCUCUAAUGGCUGCUGCUAAGUCAACUGAGAAGGUGCUGUCUAGAAAGGGCGCGGUGGACCUAAAAAUGAAUAAAAUGAAAGAUUUUUGGAAGCUGUCAGUAAAGGAUUUUGGCUGACCUCAGGGAGUUCUCACGAUGGUGAUUUCAAUUAUUUAUAGCUAGCAGCAGAUUACAAUUCUUAUGCUUGGAGUUACAUCUGAAAUUGCUCGAGUAUGAUUCUGUGAUGAAUAUGACCUGAUAGCUAGCUGAAUAGGCAACUCAACUCUGAUAAUAGAUUUUUACAGCUAGUAGCAGAAUGUAAUUCAUAUCUUUGGAGUUAUGUUUGAAAUUGAUCUUUUAUGGUUUUAUGAUGAUUAUGACACGA